CGAUGGAGCGCCGUGGAGCGAGAGAGCGAGUGAGAGAGCAGCGGGAAGAGGCGGCGGCAGCCAUCAGGGUAGCUGGCCAAAGCUGGCUGCGGCAGCGGUGUGUGUCAGUGUGUGCGUCCCAGACAGCCUGGCGUUCAGUCUGCUAAACAAAUGCUCGAAUUUUCCGUUUCGAGCGGAGCCACAGCGAGUCGUUUAGUGGCGUAGAAAUGCGCACCACGACUUUUUGACGACAAGCGUCCGCAAAACGGACCGAACAUGUCAACGUUGGAACUUUACACCAAGGGGACACGAAUCUGGCUGCCAGAUGCGGCCGCAGUCUGGAAGGCUGCAGAGAUCACCAAGGGCUUCGAUGGCAGCAGCCUGGAAGUGGAAGAUGAAAACGGAGAGAAACAAGUGCUUGCCAUCAAUGAACCAGACAAGCUGCCUCCACUUCGUAAUCCGGAGAUUCUCAUAGGUGGCAAUGACCUGACUUCACUAUCAUAUUUGCAUGAACCUGCAGUGCUUCACAAUCUUCAAGUGAGGUUCUGUAACAACAAUGUCAUCUACACAUACUGCGGUAUUGUGCUUGUGGCCAUCAAUCCCUAUGAGGAGCUCCCCAUUUAUGGCAAUGACACCAUCUUUGCAUACCGUGGCCAAGCCAUGGGCGAUUUGGACCCCCACAUUUUUGCUGUCUCUGAAGAAGCUUACACCAAGAUGGAAAGAGAAAACAUGAACCAGUCUAUUAUUGUGAGUGGGGAGUCUGGAGCUGGCAAGACAGUCUCUGCCAAGUAUGCCAUGCGGUAUUUCGCGACUGUUGGGGGCUCGUCCACAGAAACACACAUUGAGAAAAAGGUCCUGGCGUCCAAUCCCAUCAUGGAGGCCAUUGGCAAUGCCAAAACGACUAGAAAUGACAAUAGCUCUCGUUUUGGAAAGUACAUUGAGAUCGACUUCAACUCGAGGUUCAACAUCAUUGGUGCGAACAUGAGGACCUACCUCCUGGAGAAGUCUCGCGUAGUGUUCCAAGCACCAGAGGAGCGGAACUAUCACAUCUUUUACCAGCUCUGUGCAUCCGCCGAUCUGGAUGAGCUUCAGGAUCUCCAGCUUGGAGAUCGGACCACAUUCCACUACACCAAUCAGGGAGAAUCUCCGACCAUUCCUGGUGUUGAUGACGCUCAUCACUUUCAAGUCACACGAAACGCAUUCACACUGCUUGGUUUCACGGAAGGGCAACAGCAAAUGAUCUUUCGAAUACUGGGUGCCAUCCUACACCUGGGCAACGUUGAUGUGGUCCAGGGAGGAGAGAGAGGUGAUGACGCAGAGUCCUGCGUGGUUCAGCCUGGAGACCCCCACAUCGAGAUGAUGUGUGAGCUGCUGGGCAUUGACUGUGAGCAGAUCGCGGUGUGGCUCUGUAACCGCAAGAUUGAGAGCAUGCGGGAGGUAAUCACCAAGCCUAUGACUGUGGACCAGGCCCUAUUUGCCCGAGACGCGCUAGCCAAGCACAUCUAUGCUCGUCUCUUUGACUGGAUUGUUUCGCGCAUCAACAAGGCCCUGGCCUUCAAGGACAAAGUGAACCGGUUUAUCGGUGUCUUGGACAUCUAUGGCUUUGAAACAUUUGAAAUCAACAGCUUCGAGCAGUUCUGCAUCAACUAUGCCAAUGAAAAGCUUCAACAGCAGUUCAACUUGCAUGUUUUCAAGCUAGAACAAGAGGAGUAUGUCAGGGAGCAAAUUGAGUGGAAGUUCAUUGACUUCUACGAUAAUCAGCCCUGUAUCGAUCUCAUUGAAAGCAAGCUUGGCGUCCUCAAUCUCCUUGACGAAGAGUGCAGAGUGCCAAAGGGGAGUGACAAGUCUUGGUGUGGAAAACUGUUUGAGAAGUGCAAACAGUGGAAGCACUUUGAGAAGCCCCGGUUGUCAAACACUGCCUUCAUCAUUCACCAUUUUGCGGACGACGUCACUUACGAGUCCAGUGGCUUCCUGGAGAAGAACAGGGACACUGUACUCGAGGAGCACAUCAACAUUCUCAAGGCCAGCCAGUAUGAGCUUGUUGCUGAGCUCUUCGAAGAUGAAAAUUUGUCAAGCAAGAGGUUAAAACCCACCGUGAAGGUCUCGUCAGCACAACCAAGCUCGUCCUCUAAAAAGCAACACAAAAAGACUGUCGGUUCUCAAUUCCGCGACUCCCUGGGAUUGCUCAUGGCCACACUGAAUGCAACCACGCCCCAUUACGUGCGCUGCAUCAAACCCAACGACCAGAAGGCGGCCUUCAGCUUCGACACCAAACGUGCCAUUCAACAGCUCAGGGCCUGCGGGGUCCUCGAGACUGUGCGGAUCAGCGCCGCAGGAUACCCGUCCCGAUGGGGUUAUCAGGAGUUCCUGAGCAGGUACAGAGUGCUUACCUGUGCCAAGGACAUUGACAGGAGUGACAUGAAAGCCACCUGCAGAAAGAUCCUGGAAAAUGUGAUUAAGGAAGAAGACAAGUUCCAGUUUGGCAAGACCAAGAUCUUCUUCCGAGCAGGCCAGGUGGCCUACCUGGAGAAACUCCGUGCUGCAAAGCACAAGGCCUGCGCACUCAUGAUCCAGAAACACAUUCGUGGAUACCUGCAGUGCAAGCGCUACAGGCUCCUCCUCAACGCUGCACGAGGACUGCAGAAAUACGGCAGAGGCAUGCUUGCUCGCAAGCAUGCCCACUUCCUGCGCUGCACCAAGGCAGCGACCACCAUCCAGAAGUCAGUGCGGGGCUUCCUGGCGAGGAAGCACUACCAACACCUCCGGCUGCUGGUGUUACACCUCCAGUGUCGCAUUCGGGGAAUGUACGCCCGGCUGCGCUUCAUGGAGCUUCGUCGCCACGCAGCUUCGAUCGUCAUUCAGAAGAAUGUGCGUUGCUGGCUGGCCAGGCGGAAGUACGAGCGUGACGUGUGCUCAGUAGUGGUGUGCCAGUCCUCGGUGCGCCGCUGGCUGGCCAAGAAGGAGCUGCGCAAACUCAAGAUUGAGGCCAAGUCAGUGGAGCACGUCAAGAAGCUCAACAAGGGCCUGGAGAAAAAGAUCAUCUCACUCCAGCAGAAAAUUGAAGAGCUGGUUAAGGAAAACAAGACCUUCAAGGCUCAAGAAGAGGACUUGCGCAGUCUCUCGGUGAAAAUGGAACUGGCAAAGAAUGCCGAGAAUAACCUGAAGCUUUCCAACAACAAAAUUACUCUCCUGGAGGAAACGCUGGCCUCCCUCCAGGCGGAAAUGAGGCAUGUUCUCGCUGAAAAAGCGGAGCUGGUUGCCAAGAACAGCUUCUUGAGUGAGAAAGUGGAAGCAGCAGACAAAGAUAAGGCCAAGCUCAAAGAAGAUCUUGAAGAAAUGAAUAAGGCUAUUAAAGCAAAUCAGGAGAGUGCACAAGAGCUCCUCAAGCAGAAGCUGGAGAGUGAGCGGCAGCGGCUGCUGGCUGAGUUUGAUGAGGAGCGCUCGGCGUAUCAGCGGCUGGUGAAAGAGCGGGACCGACUGGAGCAGCGCUGUGAGAACCUGGCGUCGGAGAACAGCCGCAUUCGAAACCUCGGCAAGGGUCACCAGCGAACGCCUUCUAACCUCAGCAUGGCCAGCAUGCGCAGCGACGCGGACACUGUUCGAGACGAUGCUUCCGAUGUGCCCGAUGAGGACGGUGGCUAUGGUUCAGUAAGGUCUAAAGACAAGGACCCUCUCUACUCCAAGCUGGAUACUAUUUCCUGGGAGCAGAACACAGCAGCAUUGCAAGACAAGAAUUCCAGCUCAGGUCUUCCUGAUGUUUCGGUGGUGCUGAAACUUCAGCAGCGACUGAAUGAAGUGGAACAAGAGCGGUCGCGACUGGAAAAGAAAGUAGAAGCUCUGGAAACGAGGGAAGAGCAGACACAGGCGAGGGAAACCACUGCCAAGGAACUGAUGCGGCUGCAUGAACUCGAAAUGGAAAAUUCAAAGUUGAAGGAGGACGUGAAAAAGAUGGUCAAAACCCUGGCAACAGAGGACAAAACCAGCCGGGAGAAAGACCUGAUGAACCACUACGAGUCCAUUCAGGAUGAACUGGAACGUCGGCGUGAGGAAUGCCUCCAGCUGAGGGCGGUCCUCGCCAACCAAAGCGAAGAUCUCAAAUCUGUGGUGGCCCUUGAUUCAUAUCGUGGCAACAUGGAUCGACUGAACGAGGAUGGGGAGCUCCUGAUGGCCUUUGAGACGCAGAAGAAGCUCAUUAGGCAACUUGAGGCAGAGCUGCAGACAGAGAAGGUGCGCAUGCAGUCGAUGGAGCACGAAUUCAGGGACGAGAUCAAAAAGCUCCAGGAGGACAAUGACCGGCAACAAAAGCUUAUCAGUCAGAACCUCAAGAAGACUCCCCAGGCUCAGUCUGACGCAAUUCUACAACAUGAGAUCAAUCGCCUCACAGGAGAGAAUGUGGACUUGAGAGAGAAAAUUGAUGGGUUGGCAGAGCAGCUGAAAAAGUACAAGCGGCAGCUGAAGAUUUAUGCCAAGAAAAUGAAGGACGGAGGGAUCCUGGAUCAAGCUGAGGUCAAAGUUGAGGUCGGCGAAGACCAUGGCAAGAACAUGCCCGAAAUCAAGCACAAGGAUGCUCAAAACCUUGGCAUGUUUGAGUACAAGAAGGAGGAUGAAAAUUUGAUCAUCAAAAACCUUAUUCUUGACUUGAAGCCCAAGCUGGCUGUGACACUCUUGCCAGGACUACCUGCCUACAUUCUGUUCAUGUGCAUCCGACACACGGACUAUGUCAAUGAUGAUGACAAAGUAAAAAGCCUCCUGAACAACAUAGUUUUUGGCAUCAGGAAAGUCAUUAAGAAACGACACGAGGAUGUGGACUACACGGUGAUGUGGCUCGCAAACACCUGCAGGUUUAUGCAUAAUCUGAAGCAGUACAGUGGUGAAAAGCAAUUUCAGGUGGAGAACACGCCAAAGCAGAACGAACAGUGUCUGCGCAACUUCGACCUGUCCCAGUAUAGGCAGGUGAUGAGUGACAUUGCCGUCUGGAUCCACCAAGCUGUCAUCAAAAGCAUGGAGGAGAAAGUACAGCCCCUCAUCGUGCCUGCUGUGUUGGAACACGAAGCCAUUGCUGGUAUCUCUGGGAACAAACCGUGUGGCAUGAGGAGCCGCGCUUCCAGCCUGGCACGUGACCUGGAGUCUCCUGUUGAUCCUCAACAUGCCCUGGACGUACUGCUGAAGGAGCUGAACAACUUCUACAAGGUUCUCCAGCUGCAUGGAGUUGAUCCAGAGCUCAUCACGCAAGUUUUCAAGCAGCUCUUCUAUUUUGUCUGUGCGGGAGCCUUGAACAACUUGCUGUUACGCAAAGACAUGUGCCACUGGUCGAAAGGCAUGCAAAUGAGGUACAACCUGAGCCACCUGGAACAGUGGUGCCGUGACCAGAAGGUGUGCCAGGCAGAAGUGCUGGAUACCCUACAGCCCAUUGUGCAGGCCUCCCAGCUGCUGCAGGCCCGCAAAACCGACGAAGAUGUUGCCAGCAUCUGCGACAUGUGUGACAAGCUCACCACCGCACAGAUCACAAAGAUCCUGAACCUGUACACCCCGGCGGACGACUACGAAGAGCGAGUCCCGGUGUCCUUCAUUCGGAAGAUCCAGGCCAAGCUGCAAGAGCGCAACCAGGAGACACUGCCGGUGUCCGACAACACCCUCCUGAUGGACACCAAAUUUGCCUUCCCCAUCCGCUUCCCCUUCAACCCUUCCAGAAUCCAACUCGAAGAUGUCACCAUUCCAGAUGUUCUCAACCUCUCCGUGCUAAGGAAGAUCUAAGUGGGGAAAAGAAAAAAAAAAGGGAAACUGUCUACCCAUUAUCUUCUUUUUUUAUAACUUAUUUUUGAGUGUAAUUUAUUUUGAAUGACUUUUGUAUGUGGCCCCUUGGAUAGACAGUAAGCAGCUUCUAUCUUUACUUAACUGUCACAAUUUUAUUUUCUUUCCUUAACAUUGCUCACUUUUUUUCUUUGACGAAAUCAACUUGAAGAUGAGUCAUAAUGUUGAGAUCAUGCAUGGCUUCACACCUAUUUAGAAAGGCAGUGUCACAGUACAGACUCUUUCUGCUUGCCUGGAAUGCUAAACACUGCACCUGAUGAACCUGUGAAACUACUGUGCACGCAACGUGGCAGUUGUGGUUAACACUGCAAUUGUUUUAUCUGUGAUUUAUGGCUCCGUAUAUAUAUAUAAUAUAUAUAUACCGCAUAAUUGUAUAGAAACUGAUAUACUUCUAGUGCUGUCUGUGAGAUGAGAGAAGCAAAUUUAUAUUUUGGUAUGUUUUUCCCUUUUAAGAAAUAUAUUUUACCUUGCCAUUUUUGGUUUUUCAGAUUCCAACUUUAAAAGAAGCUUUGACCAGUGCUUUUUCUGCCUGAAUGCAACAUUCCAGCUUUAUUUAUGAAUAUGUAAAUGACUUAUAAUUUGCAGUGACUCGACUUUUUGCAAAAUCGUUUUACAAAGUAUUCGUAAAAGGGUCUUUGGCGAAUGUGUGAAAUAUUCGGAAAUUUGCAAAAUAUUAAGCACCGCAAAUAUAUCAUUGUUCACAGCGUACAUUGCCUGUUUGUAUUCCAAUACAAAGUAUUUUCGGGUAGCCGUUCACAAUUCGACAUUGGACUGAAUUUGACCGGUUACAAUUUUAACUUAUUGUAGGGAUUGAUAGUAAAAUAAAAAAAUAAUUAACGGGAGCAUCUAAGUAAUUAGUUCGACUUGAAGCAUUGAAAUAUAAGGUUUUGAAAUUUUACAUUGGGGGUUAUUCGGCGCUAAAUUUAAUUUAUUGGUUAUUGUUUUUUUUUUCUUCAGAUAUUUUUUUUUUCCCAAAACUAUUGUAUCCAAGUGUUAUUCAUUUAUUAUCAUUGGGAAGUUUUGUAUCAUACACACAUAGAAUGAGUGCAGUCUUCACAUACACUACACAGAUGGUUACAAAAUGGAAAUAUGGUUGAUAUUUCCUGCACCUAUAAGCUGCCAUGUUGUUGGAAUUAGUGCAACUUGUUUAGAGGCUGAUCUUACAUGAGCACAAGAUGCGCCAAAUUUAUACCACCUAAUAUUGUUAAAGUUGCUGUAUAUUAGUUUUCGAAAUAAAGUAGGAAGUACAAGAGUG